AUGACCAAAACCGAGCAGAAGAAAGCCGUCCAGUUCACCCGCAUGUGUAAGUUUUGGCGGACCAAUGAGUGCAAAAUGGGGGCAGACUGCACGUUCGCACACUCCACGUCGGAGUUGCGUCCCAGCCCGAAGCCGUGUUUUGACUUCGUGAAAAACGGCUUCUGCGCCCGCGGGCAGGCAUGUCGCUUUGUGCACGAGCUCGGGAAGUCGAAAACCAAGCUCGCGCAGAUGCAAUCUCUUCAGAUGUUCCAGCCAUGGUCGGAUUCAUCCCAAUUGCUUGCCACCUACGGGAUGCCACUACAGAGCCCAAUGAGCAUCGAAGAGCCCUCGCAGUAUGUCCCGCACUAUGCGCCGCCGCUCAAGUCAUCACCAUGGGCGACCCGGGAGUCGCAGGCCCUCGUGAGUCCACCAGUUCAGGCACCACCCGGGCUGCACCAAAUCCCCGUGCCCACAAGCCUCAUCGGCGGUUCCGAGAAGAGGACGGAUGACAAGGAUGAUGGAGCUUCCUGCUCCUCGAGAUUGAGUGAAGCCUCGCUCGGUAUGGAGCCGUUUCCUAUCUCCGUCACCAAAGUGCCCGAUGACAUGACGACGGCCACGCGGAGUAUGACGUCCACCAUGUGUCUGAGUGCAACGCCUUCGCAUUUCAGCCAGUUUGAUGCCCAGGAAAACUUUGUGUGGUUGUCUGUGUAA